CCCCAGCACCCCACCCCGGUACCCCCUGUGCGUGGAAACCGGAGCCGAGGUCUGAUGGUGGAGAAGCCGGGAACCUUCGCCCUGGCUGUCCCAGGGGAGGAUGUGAAAUUCCGCAGGUCUCAGCUGAGAUUGGCCACCAAGGCCUUAUGUCCUGGUAUGCUUUGGAGGAAACUCACCAGGUCCCCCCAUAGGAUCGCAGGAGCUACUUAAGCCUGACUUAACCAAUAUGCAGGAAGACACUGGGAAUGCCCCGUGUGAACACUCUGAGGUCAACGUGCUUGCCCAGAGCUGCUGUCAAAACUGCUUCCACCCCGAGGAGGCCCACAGACCAAGGCAGGAGGAGCCAGGGAACCCUCCCAGUGCUGAGCCGCCUUACUGUGACUUGCCUCGCCGCCCACCUGCCUCUGAGGACCCUCCCCGUUCCUCAGCCUCCGGCUGCCCGUCGGUGGUGGGCCCGGGCCUUGGGCCAGGGCUGCAGAGGGGUCCGUCAGCAGGGUCCUCAGCAGAGGUCCCCACCGCUGCCUCCUGGAGCCAGAGCCAGGAAUUGGAGGCAGGACCCUCUCUGGAGGGUCUGGCCUCCUGCCUGGGUGGCAGCUUUGACGAAGGCCUUGACUCUGGCACCAGCUCCAGCCCUGACCACGACACCCCUGAUGAUACCAGCGACUCGUCCUCCGUGGACUGGAACACUGUUGGAAGGCAGGAGGAGGCCCCCAGCUGGGACGAGCUCACCGUGAUGAUCCCGAGGAAGCCCCAGGAAGGGCCAAGAGCUGACCGUGCCCGAAAGGCUCCAUCUCUCCUCACCUGGUCUCCCGUGGGAGGGGAUGCUGCAGGCCAGAAAAAGGAAGACCCCUGCAGUGGGAGCCGAAGUGCCGGACAGCACUGGGCGAAGCUCCGGGGAGAAAGUGGGCACUUCCUGGAGCGGCACCGGUCGGCGUUAACCCAGGCUUCCCGUGCGACACUGCCGGGCGGACCUCACGGUUCCACCCCCCAGGCUUCCUCUCUUCAUCGUUCUGCCCAGAAGGACGCUGCCCAGACUGCUUCCACACAGGUCGAUACCCCCCGAGCCUCCUCUCCCACACAAAUCGCCCAACGGGACAAGCCCAGGACCUCGUCCACCCAACAGGACAUCCCCAGGACCGCCUUCACACAUCACAACACCCCCAGAGCCUCCUCUCCCUCAAGAAUCGCCCAACGGGAUGACCCCAGAACCUCCUCCGUCCAACGAGGCAACCUUCGAGUUUCCUCUCCCACCAGAACCACCAAACAAGACAACUCUAGAACCUCUUCUGUCCAGCAGGACAACAUUCAGACUUCUUUUCCCACGUGUACUCCUCAGAGGGACAAUCCCAGCGGCUCCUCUCCCAGCAGAACCACCCCGCGGGACAACUCUCGGACACCCUGUCCCCAGCGGGACAAUCCCAGAGGCUCCUCUCCCAACAGAACCACCCCGCGGGACAACCCCCGGACACCCUGUCCCCAGCGGGACAAUCCCAGAGGCUCCUCUCCCAACAGAACCACCCCACGGGACAACCCCAAAGCUUCUUGUAUUCAACAGAACAACCCUAGGACCUCUUAUAGUCAACGAGACAAUCCACAGUCUUCCUCUCAGCGGGACAACCCUGGAACAUCCUCCCCUCGAUGCUGCACAAAACGGGACCACCCUGGACUAUCAUCUCCCCAUCGCUCCACUCAACGGAACAAUCCCAGGAAUUCUUCUCCCCAUCGUACUAACAAAGACAUCCCCUGGGCCUCCUUUCCUCUCCGCCCAACCCAGAGUGAAGGCCCCCGAACCUCUUCCCCAUCUCGCUCCAAGCAAAGUGAGGUUCCCUGGGCCUCCAUUGCCCUUCGGCCAACCCAAGGGGACAGGCCUCCUCAGACCUCCUCUCCCACUAGGCCCGCUCAGCGCGACCCACCUCUGUCCUCCUCCGGAUCUGCCCAGCACGGCUCGCCGUCAAAGGCUGCGUCCUCCUUCCAUAACCCGGGCCCCCACGGUGCCUCCCGGACCUCUUCACCUCUGUACCCUGCUACCCGCGGGGCACCCCAGACCUCUUUGGAGCCCUCCCAGCCUCUGUGCUCGGUCUGUAUUGGGCAUCGGGACGCCCCUCGAGCUUCUUCACCUCCUCGCUACUUGCAACAUGACCCAUUCCCCUUCUUCCCAGACCCCCAUGCAUCUGAGACAGAAUUGCCCCACCACAACCCCCCCUACAUACCUCCAGCCGUGUGCAUUGGACACCGGGAUGCCCCCCGGGCUUCCUCACCCCCCCGCCACACCCAGUUUGACCCCUUCCCCUUCCUCCCAGACACAUCUGAUACUGAGACUCAGUCCACCCAGCACGACCCUCCUCAGCUCCCCCCACCUGUGUGUAUUGGGUACCGGGAUGCACCCCGGGCCUCCUCUCCGCCACGCCAGCCCCCAGAACCCUUCCUGUUAUUCCAGGAUCUUCCCAGGGCCAGCACCGAGAGCCUCGUCCCCUCCACAGACUCUCUGCAUGAGCCCCCCCACAUGCCCACCCCCGUGUGCAUCGGGCACCGGGAUGCACCCUCUUUCUCGUCUCCACCACGCCAGGCCCCGGAGCCCUCCCUCUUCUUUCAGGAUCUCCCAGGGACUAGUAUGGAGAGCCUGGCCCCCUCCACUGACUCUCUGCACGGCUCCCCAGUGCUGCCUCCCCAAGUGUGCAUCGGGCACCGGGAUGCGCCCCGAGCCUCCUCCCCACCCCGCCACCCCCCCAGUGACCUAGCACUGCUGGCGCCGUCACCUCCGCCAGGCAGCUCAGGGGGCUCCCGGGGCUCAGCAGCCCCUGGGGAGACCAGGCACAACCUGGAGAGGGAGGAGUACACCAUGCUGGCCGAUGUGCCUCCGCCCAGGAGGCUGGCGCAGAGGGAGCCAGGGCCCCAGUGCAGCAACGGCGGCCGCACCCGCAGCCCUGGCCGCGCGGAGGUGGAGCGCCUCUUCGGGCAAGAGCGCAGGAAGUCCGAGGCACCGGGGGCCUUCCAGGCCCAGGACGAGGGGCGGUCGCAGCGGCCCAGCCAAGGUCAGAGCCAACUUCUCCGAAGACAGUCCAGCCCUGCCCUCAGCAGGGAGGUAACCAAGCCCCUUGCGAAGCAGGCAGAACCGGCCCGGCGGAGUCAAGCAGAGCCCUGUCGUCCCAGGAGCCCUGAGAGGCGGCCUGAAGGGGACCGGCGGCUCCAGGGGACCUCGCUGCCCCCAAGGACAUCAGCCAGGACCCCUGAGAGGGAGCGGCGGACAGAGAGACCUCUGGAAAGUGGUCGGGCAGGCCCAAGACAGCCUCUGGGGGGGUGGCGGAGUCAGGAGGGGCCUCCUGGAACCCAGGGCCCUCACAGACGUCUGGAGAGAGGGUGCAGCAGCCCGCAGGAGGGCCCAGGCCUGGGGGGCUGGCAAGGACUUGGGGAGCCCAGCCGGGGGCUUGCCAGAGCCCCAGAGGGAACUUGGAGGGGCCCUCUCAGGGAGUCCGAGGAGAGUUGGGAGCAGCAGGGUGGCCCAACUGGCCACAGGGGGCAGGCAGAGGCCUGGGAGGAGCCCCCCGGGAAUGGGUUUCGGGAGGCCCCUGACAGGCCCACUCUCAGAGGCUGGGCCAGCCUGCAGGAGCUGCCCAGUGCCCACCAGACUAAGAGCCCCCCAGAGAACUCCAGGGUAGGCCCAACAGAGUUCUUGAAAUCCCAGAGGCCUGAGAUACCCACUACCAUGGGCUGGGGGGCGGAGGGAACGCGCCCACCCCUGCACAGUCCUGAGAGGCGAUCCGAGCUCGACUGGAAGGACCUUGUGGGCCUUCUUGGGGCGCCCAGAGAAGGGGCCUGGGGCCGGAUAGAGGAGUCGAUGCUCACCUCCCACCUUCCCAGGUUGGACUGGGAAGGCCUCCUGGAGCUCCUAAGGGCCCAGCUGCCCCACAAGGACCCAGCUGGACACUGGGGUCCCCUGGCCCCGGCUUCAGGGGGUCCCCCGGCCCCGGCUUCAGGGCCAGAGGUGGGUUCCCCAGGCACAAAUGGCACCCCGGAGCUAGAGCGACAGGGCCAGCCUGAUGGCUGGGAGGAGUCCACCCUGGUCAAUGGACAGAGCCAGAGCGCUGGGCAGUGGCCCGGGAGCUCCGCCCAGCCGCCCAGCCCUGCCUGCACCUCCACCCAGUGGCCAAAGACCAGAGUGACGAGGGGACCAGAGACCUCACCUAUGGCUGGUCUGGAAGAGAUGGGCCAGCUGGGGAGCAGGAGCCCUGCAGAGGGUCCCAGCUUGCCAGAGUGGGAGUUCCAAUCAGAGGAGCCUGAGGAGUCAGAACCAAGCAAAGGCCAAGACUCACUGACCGACCAGAAGCGUGCAGACUCGGCAGACAAGAGGCCAGCGGAGGGCAAGGCUGGGAGCCCACUCAAGGGCCGACUGGUGACCUCAUGGCGGAUGCCCGGGGACCGUCCCACGCUGUUCAAUCCGUUCCUGCUGUCCCUGGGGGUCCUCAGGUGGCAAAGGCCCGAUCUGCUCAACUUCAAGAAGGGAUGGAUGUCGAUCUUGGACGAGCCUGGAGAGUGGAAGAAGCACUGGUUUGUGCUGACGGAUUCCAGCCUUAAGUACUAUCGGGACUCCACCGCUGAGGAGGCCGAUGAGCUAGAUGGCGAGAUCGACCUGCGCUCCUGUACGGAUGUCACCGAGUAUGCCGUGCAACGCAACUAUGGCUUCCAGAUUCACACCAAGGAUGCCGUUUACACCUUGUCGGCCAUGACCUCGGGUAUCCGGCGAAACUGGAUUGAGGCUCUGAGGAAGACUGUGCGACCCACCACGGCCCCGGAUGUGACCAAGCUCUCGGACUGCAACAAGGAGAACGCGCUGCACGGCUACAGCACCCAGAAGGGCUCCCUGAAGGCGGGAGAACAGCGGGGGGGCUCUGAGGUCAUCGGUCGGGGCGGCCCGCGGAAGGCGGACGGGCAGCGGCAGGCCCUGGACUACGUGGAGCUGUCCCCGCUGACGCAGGGCUCCCCGCAGCGGGUCCGCGGCCCGGCCCGCACGCUCGACCGCCCGGCCAAGCAAGAGGAGCUGGAGCGGGACCUGGCCCAGCGCUCCGAGGAGCGACGCAAGUGGUUUGAGGCCACGGACGGCCGGCCCCCGGAGACCGCCGCUGGCGAGGGGCCGCGCCGGGGUCUGGGCGCCCCGCUGACCGAGGACCAGCAGAACCGGCUCAGUGAGGAGAUUGAGAAGAAGUGGCAGGAGCUGGAGAAGCUGCCCCUGCGGGAGAACAAGCGGGUGCCUCUCACCGCCCUGCUCAACCAGAGCCGCGGGGAGCGCCGGGGGCCCCCAGGUGACAGCCACGAGGCCCUGGAGAAGGAGGUCCAAUCUCUUCGUGCCCAGCUGGAGGCAUGGCGUCUUCAGGGAGAAGUUCCACAGGGUGCACCCCGGUCCCAGGAAGAUGGCCACAUCCCCCCAGGCUACAUCUCGCAGGAAGCGUGCGAGCGCAGCCUGGCCGAGAUGGAGUCCUCGCACCAGCAGGUCAUGGCAGAGCUGCAGCGGCAUCACGAGCGCGAGCUACAGAGGCUGCAGCAGGAGAAGGAGUGGCUCCUGGCCGAGGAGACCGCGGCCACGGCCUCAGCCAUCGAAGCCAUGAAGAAGGCCUACCAGGAGGAGCUAAGCCGGGAACUGAGCAAGACACGGAGUCUCCAGCAGGGCCCCGAUGGCCUUCGCAAGCAGCACCAGUCUGACGUGGCGGCGCUGAAGCGGGAGCUGCAGGUGCUGUCGGAGCAGUACUCGCAGAAGUGCCUGGAGAUCGGGGCCCUGACCCGGCAGGCUGAGGAGCGGGAGCACACGCUGCGACGCUGCCAGCAGGAGGGCCAGGAGCUGCUGCGCCACAACCAGGAGCUGCACGCCCGCCUGUCAGAGGAAAUCGACCGGCUGCGCAGCUUCAUUGCCUCGCAGGGCACCGGGGAUGGCUGUGGGCGAGGCAGCGAGCGGAGCUCUUGUGAGCUGGAGGUGUUGCUGCGAGUGAAGGAGAACGAGCUUCAGUACCUGAAGAAGGAGGUACAGUGUCUCCGGGACGAGCUGCAGAUGCUCCAGAAGGACAAGCGCUUCACCUCGGGGAAGUACCAGGAUGUGUACGUGGAGCUGAACCACAUCAAGACGCGGUCGGAGCGGGAGAUCGAGCAGCUGAAGGAGCACCUGCGCCUCGCCACGGCCGCACUGCAGGAGAAGGAGUCCAUGCGCAACAGCCUGACUGAGUAGAGGUCCUGGUGGCCCAGCUGUGCCAGCAGACCCUCCCCCGGCCUGAGGGGACCAGUCAGUCGCCCUCCUUCCUGCUGGAUGGAAGUCAGAAGCCAAGCUUUCUCGCCACCCCCUGUGGGCUGCACAUGCACUCAUGCCCACCACACACACACACACACACACAUGCACACACACGUACACACACACUCUGCGUAUCUGAGCGCGCCCCUCGCACUGGGUCUUACCUUGCACCUUCUUCAGGAUUUUAUAUGUGAAGAGAUUGUUAUAUAGAUUUUUUUCCCUUUUUUUUUCCAAAACACGUUAUACUUUGAGAAAAGCAAUUCCUGGAGGCCAUGUGCCUCCAUCGCUGGCCUGCCCUCCGGCUCCAGCCGCCUGCCCGGGCUUCUGGGCCCGUGGGCCUGCCCCAGGGGCAGGGGCCUAGCAGACGCCCAGCAGCAGUCGUGGCAGGGUGGACUCUGGUGGGAGAGGCAGGGAGCCAGCCGCCCUCUUCCUACCCUACCUCCCACUAACUACUUCCUGCCCUGAGGCGCCCCACACUAUGGGACUCUGGACAGAGGGACAGACGGGCAGAGGGAGCCGGCAGCUGUCCCUAAGUUCUCAUCUCCUCGUCCGGGGGUGGGGUGCUGGACAGGGAACUGCCCGAGCCGCCCCAUGAAGGCUUCUCUCCUGCUCCAUGAGCCUUCUUAACUUAAUAAAAUGUUCCCGCA